GUUUCGGUGCCGUUCGCUAAUUCUAGAGCCGCAGGCUGUCUUUAGACGCGGUCGGAAAGGCAUUAUUCGGCACGGACGUAUACGCCUGAUCCUUUGGGCGUUGCUUAGAACAGCAUCCCUCUCUUCUUUAGAGUCUAGUGCGACUUUGAGAAGGCGUAAUGGCUGAUUUACUGUAGAGUCAGGCUUUUGGCAGAUUCUAUACAGGCUGUGUAUGGUAACACCUGAUACUGUUGUUCGCAGUAGCUAACUUAGGAGGGGCUGGACCAAGUUGUGGUCAUGCUCGAACCUGACUUUGGGAUAGGAAACCGGAGAUUCUUCCAUUGUGUGGAGUAUGGGCGAACUAUCGGAGGGACCAGAUUUGCUUGCAGUGGCUUUCUUACUCUGCGAAGUAAGUGUCUCCGUCCUUUGUGCACAGUGUGGCCUUAAUGAUGUCCUUAUCUAGCUUUAUACGCGAAACUACAUCACACCACUGACUGGCACCCUUCUCCGUAUCUGUGGUGGAAUGUGUCUGCCUGCUAUCCACCGGUAUGGAUGAGUCUUGAUCUACAAGUCCUUGAGGGACUUCAGCUGCGGGUUUUCGACCCCUGGUACGCCUUUUCCCCGUGCCAGUCUUUCCGUCACUGUCACUGAAGUGUGUCGUAGGGAGGGCACGGGUGUCCGGAAUUUGGUGCGUGCUCUUCUGUGCUGAAGGGCACUCACUCUGUGACAGAGACACAUGAGGAACGCGUGUUGUCUUGUCCAUGACGCUAGCCACGUCAUCGGUGUCUGAGCGGUAGUAACUCUUCUUUUAUGGUGGAGGACCUUUGCAGUCUGGGAACUUUAGAGCCUUACUGGGAGUGGAGAUGGCUUUCUUAGUACGAAAUGUAGUCGUACUGCAGUAGUCGUUGCACAGCCACUUCACCAGAGGUUGUCAGCAGCGCUUGUAUGCUGCAGGAGUUAGGUUUGUGCAAAUGCUGUGAAACCAUCUCUAGCAGCUAUCGCACUGCAUUACUUCUCCAACUGGGAAAUGACACAUAACUCUUCCGCAGCGGUUCCUUUUGAUAGGCAUUCUUUUCUGAGUGAAUUGGAGCUGGAAGAGUCAAUUAUGACCUUUAUAUAUAUCAAUGAUGAGAAAAUCAAUGAGUGUAAAAAAAGGAUAUAUAAUAACUAUACAGUUAUAAGAACACACUUCCUGUGGGUAAAUGGAUUCGAAACUAAACAGCAAACUAACUUCAAUCAGAAUAAACUGAUUUUAAAAUAAUCUGUAGACUUUUGGAGCGUAUAACAAAACAAAAGCCGAAAUUAAACAAGAGCGUGUGGAAUUCACUCCCUUUUCAAAGUUCGCGCAUCGAUAGAGUUUUACUUGACCCUCCUAAUGAAAUCACUUUUGAAAAAGGGAUUGAGUCGGACGAUAUUUGGUCCAUCUAAUACUGGGUUUCAGAAAACUGAGUCUAAGAAAAAGUCCAGUAAGAAAAAUCAAAGUAAAGGUCAGCUGAAGCGUCUUCGUAAUGAACUUUACCGCAAACGUGUCGCCAAGAAAGUUAGCUGGAAGACGUUUUCAAACAAAAUAGAUACUCAACGUGAACCUGAUAAAUGCAAAAACUUACAUCGCAGUGAUAUUUGCAGGGCAGAUGCCGAGCUAACAAAACUUGGAAGACUAAUAAACCAGACAAGACAGCAAGUUUUUGGAGCUACAGAAAGUCGGGCUAUAGGAAAGAAAACGAAAAGUGUUCUUUUCAAAAAGGAAUACGACGAAUUUGAUGUUGAUCUAAAAUCCCUAAUCUGCUCAUAAUUGAAUACUACGGGAGCGAGUUGAACUGUCUUGUUACUCACUAGCUGCUGCUUAUUCUGUCGAUUAUUUCAGAUUGUAUAAGGGUCAUGAAUUUGGUUAAAAGUCUGAAGAAAAGCCCAGAUUGUAUAUAAACUUUUUAUUGCUUUUAAAUAACAGGUACAAAAUAAAGAAGUAAAUACAC